GCCAAUUGAUGGGUAAAUACACAACCGGAACAAGAAAAGGCGGCUUGGCAAUGUUAUUUGAAAUCUAUCAAUUAUGGAAGUUUCGGCGAUUAAAAACAUUCUGAGCAAACUUAAGGCUGGCGAAAUAUUCGACGUUAUCAAAAAGUGGAAGUGGCUUAACAAAUCCGACAAAGAUGAGAUUGCUUUUCUUUGUAAUUCAAAGAAAACAAAAUUAGCGCUGAUUGCAGACUUGGGAGAAUUUUUUACGAAUAAGAAUGGGCUUACUUUGGAAGCAGUUGGAGAAUUGGAACUUCUGUGUCUUCAUCUGCUUCCUAGCAAGAAAAGAUGGAGUGCUUUCCACCUCUCAGAAGAGUUUGGAAGUAGGCCAACAACUGUUCCUGAAAAGUUCAAGGUCAAGCUGUCUAAGCAGAUAAGACUCUACUUCAGUAAGAACUACAGUGUGUCUGUCCUGCUACAUCAAGGCCUGCUAUGGGGGAGGAUGUAUUUCCCGCCUAAGGCAGCCCGCAGUUUUGACACGCGACACAGUCUCUACUUUAUCUACUAUCCACACAGUCCUGUCAUCAUAUUCUCUGGAUUGAAACUGGCUCAUUUAUCCUUUAUAUCGCAGUGUCUGGCAGUGACCCUGGGCUACAAACAGAUCACAGACAUGAGUCUGAGUGGGCGAUGUUUCCAGUCCCUGGGGGAACUAGCCAUCAACAAAUACAUGCAGGGAGGGUAUGCUCGGUAUGUUAGUGUCUGUUUGCGUGACGGACCUCUAGAUGGGCAAGUCUCAAGGAAGAGAAAAGCCCCUUCAGACCUUCAAGAUGAUCGGGUCACGGAUCUGAAUCAGGCUGAGAAACGCUUGCGACUUGCCACUCUUGACAUCAACUUUGGGGAAAAUAUUCAGCCAACAUUGGAAAAGGUCCAGUUUCGAGUUGAGCUGCCAUACAGAAGUAAAACUGUGGCCACAGAACUUCAGCAAGAUGGUGAACUGUUUUGCAGCCGGGUAAAGUUUGAAGGCACCAAUGUUCUGGAAGGACUUCGUAAGUUAGGGGAACUCGGCUAUGCCACCGUGCCACUGCCCAAGCAUUUGACAAUCAUCCAGGACAGGGCCAGGAAUAACUUCCUACUUGCCCGUCCCAGUGCACAUACGGACGCUACUAGAAUGAAUGCAUCCAAGCCAAACAAAGAAAAUAAGUCUCGUACUAAAACAAACUAACAUUAGAAAAUAAAUGAGGUUUGUUCUUUUUUAUUUAAUCUGUGAUUGUAAAAUAUCCUUUAUUCUUAUUCAUUUUAAAAGCUAACUAAAUAAGCUUUGUUCUUUCUAUGUUAACUGUGAUUGUAAAAUAUCCUUUUCUCUUAUUCAUUUUAAUUUGCUUUUGAUUCUUAAAAAGACUUUUUUUAUCAUAUCAUUGUAUAUAACACUAUGCCUAACAUACUCAUAGGUAGUUAUUAUAUUUUAGAGUCAGUGAGUGCACACCAAAACAUGUACAUCAUUAUUUAUAGAGAGUUAUACAUUUUCAAUUUUAUCUAUUGGGCCUUUUUUCCACCCAGUUAUAAGAUGUAAAAAAUUAUUUCCAAUGAAUCAUCAUUCUGUCAAGUAACAAUAAUUUGAAGUUCUGAUUUUUAGGAAAAAGCACAGGUGUUAAUUUGUUUUAUUGCAACACACGUAAACGACAAAGAGCUUUUUAUUGACUGUUAAUUAUGUUUAAUGCAAAAACUUAUGAUUCUUGCAGAUCAUUUUUGGUGCAAUUUAAAUUUAAUACAUAUUUUACGAUUCUGUGCUUAUGUUAGGUAGUUGGUAAACCCCACAAAAAGUGUGCACUGGUAUACUGGAAACAUCUUGAAGGUUGAUUGGUCUAACAGGUGGCACAUGUGCUUUUUGUUUACUGCCUUUCUACAUGAAACUUUGUAGAGAUGUUUUUGAUAAUUUGUCAGACAUAAUAUUCUUGGAUGUUUUGAUAUUUUGUGCCCUUGCAAUUGAGCUUAUUUCUUAUACUUAGCCGUCUUUGUACAUGUAUACUUUGUGUUGUUAACUAGUGUUUCAGUUUUCUCGUCAUCAUAAUGAAACUUUCUAUGUAUGUUUAUACUAUGAAAAAGUGCAAGACAGUAUUUUUAUGAAUGCCACAAUAUUUUUUGCAGAAUCAUUUGCCUAUUAACUUUGGUAAAUGUUAUUGCAUCAAUGUCCAAAACACUUUUCUGUGUUUAUCAAAAUAAAACUGUAUUGUAGUGUUGCUUAACCCUUUACCUCUUAGAAACAUAUUUUGCCACAUUUGUAGUCCCCAAGAAAGUUUAUUUAAAUGGGAGACAUUUCUUACUAGAUUCAAGUUUUAAAAACUUCAUAUCCAACCCUUAGAUACUGAUAAGCAGCAAACUGCAUAAAACCUGAACAGUCUGUCAGUUACUGGCAGGCUGUUCUGGUUUUAUGCUGUUUGCACAUAACCAUUUUCACUUUGCUUCUGAGUGGGAAAGGGUUACCGGUAGAUUAUGUAUCAAUGCAAGAAGUAAUUGUUGUGUAUGGCACACUAAUUGUUGCAGAGUUAUAUGCCCUUGAACUAAGGCAAUUGAUUCAAUAAAUCAAUUUAAAGUGCAUGUGAUCAAUUUGAAGUUGUGAAAAAUAAUAUUUUUAGAUUAAUUUUAGUAAUACUUUAAGUCUGCAUCUGCUUAAAAUAUGCCAUGCCAUAGGUGAUUGUAUUUUUCAAUUACUUUUUUCGCAUUGUCUAUUGGUAGUUGUAUGAUGCUAAUUUUGCACUUUAUAUGUUAUUGUAAGAUAAUAAGUGAAUAUCAUGCUAGAAGUAAAAAUUUUAACAAAUCACUGAAAACAUAACACAAUGUGGUUUAAAAUAUUGUUGUUGCGAUUGUUACUUAUGGCAUAACACGUCAUUAUAAUUGUUAUUACAUGCACACUCGAUCUAUUGAAAAAAUCCAUGCAUAACAAAUAGUGAAUACUGAGUAUAACAUAGAACUUUUUACCGUUAGUGUCAUAACACUUCAAAGAAGCUUUAUUUUUAUGGGUUAAUUUUUUAAGAUUUGGUUUUUGAAAUAGGUUAUAAUUUUAAAAAAUCUGUUUUAAGUAUGUGUUGUUGUAUAUUAAAUUGAAAUAUUUCACACCAUUUGUGAUGAUAGGGUUUUAUAGAGGUAAAUAAUCUUAUUGAUUUACUUUGAAUUAAUAGCUGUGUAUGGUCUGUAGGGGUUAAAUUACUCCUUAUUUGCAUAAAAAUCAACAUUGUAAUUUUCCAGACAUUUCAUACACCAAUAUAAUGCUGAAAUAUUCUAUUCAAAUCUUUACUUGUUGAUGAACGAAGUACGGUCAUAAAUAUGUAGGCAUAAAUGUUUAAUAGUAGUUGGUUCCUUUGAAAAUGAAACACAGAAUAUCAAGCGGAUUAACCAAUCAAAUGCAGUGUGUACAUACAUGCAAAUCGUUUUUAUGAAUGGUUGGAAUUUUUAUCUGCAAUAUGUUAGUGUAUCAAUGAAAUCAUAAUUUUAAUUAAAUAAUUAUGUGUUUUAACAGUGAACGUUUGUAUUUGGUUUGUGAUGUUUUGUCAAGAUUUAUGCAUAUUAUUGUUUAGCCUUUCUUGUUGUUGCUUAAUAAAGUACUUCAAAAGAGCAA